GGAGGAGGGGCGGUGCUCGGGGGAGCUCUGGUGGGAGGAGCCAUGGGCGAAGACGAUGGAAUGGGCCGUGCCGAUUGGCUGGACUGGCUGCACUCGCUGGCGUGCGGAGCGGCGCUCUUCGCGAUCCUCUACCAGUACUCGUCGCUGGGCCGCAUGCUCGUCGUCAUGGUCACCGUGCUGCUGCUCUACCUGCACCAUGCUGCCAUCUUCCCCUUCCGCCGCGCCGCCCCGGCCAACGUCCCCGCAAACCCAAGACACCAAAUCGCCGCCGGCGCCGCUGACAAUCGGAACGACGUCGUCGCUCGGCCGGCUCCCGCCGGCGCCGCCGCUGACGACGCCGCCGGCGGCCCUGCGGACAGAGCCAGAGAGACCCCCGCGGCUGUCGACGGCGGCGGGGACGCAGCGCUGCCGCCACCGCCGCCACCGCCGCCACCGGCGGGCGCACACGGCUGGACCCGCGCCAUCUCCGUCUCUGUUUGCUCCUUCUUCUUCUCGUUUUUCGCGUCGCUGCUGCCCGAGGGCCCACAGCAGGAUGGUCGGAACUGAACACCACCACCUCCUCCACGCCCUCCUCCAGCUCCUCUUGUUGCUGCUGCAGUAGCAAGUUGGGGGGGGUUGUUGCUGUGUUUUUGCGCGCUCACUUUUGAAGAGAAGAGCGGCCGCGCAAUAACUUAAAAUCAUUUUUCCGCCCCCGAUUUCUUUGUCGAACGUCGGCUUGUUUUCGUGGUUAUCUCAAAAUCGGACGGAAAAUACCGAAAGGCCUGCGCGGGGGUAAGAUGAUCGCAGGAUGGCCCAGUGUGUCACGCGUCCAGGUAACAGUUAAGAUCGCACAAAAUGCGACACGUUUUGCGAAAAUACGCAAGUGACUUAACGAUGCAAUAAUAGACGAGGACGUUUUUGUUGGCAAAAGUUGUUUUUGUUAUUUAUUUUCGGCGAACGCCCAUGCAAAUGUAAUAUCACCGGGGGUUAUAUUUAAAGGAAGACGCAACCCAGCAAUGAACUGGGAAGCUACUAAUGGUCAUUAUCGAAGCGAUAUUGAUCCAGUGAAGUUUGACCGAGCAUGUGGUUUUUUUGUUGUUGUAAAAAUAGAACAAAUUUGUAACACCCAUACUUCCAGCGCCCCCCAGCUUCAGAAAUACGCGUUGCCAUUCUGGAGCUGACGGUUGGUCGUCGUUAACGCGAUCCAUUUUUUUUGUUAUUUCGUCACCUUCGAUUAACACGGUUGGCCACGUACGGUGCGAAAGAAGUUCAACAUACGUACAUCAUUCGACCCGUGAUGGCCGGUCUGCUACAAAUGGCCUACGACGUGCAUUGCUGUAAAAAGAAAAACGGCGAAGAAUUUGCCGUUACGUCUUCCUUUAUAUUGUCGCCCAAGCUAGAACCAUGGCUUUCAUCCAAUCGCGAGACAGAGAGAUGUUUUCCAGCAGCGCCCACCCUGUUGGAGCCACACAACCACGGAGUGCGUCAAGUCACGAUAUUUUGCCGCGGCUCAAUUCCGCGCUCUGCAUCUUUUUUUGGCCGCCGGUCGUAGAUUGCUGGUCGCUGACACGCGUCUGGGAAGCCACAUCCAUAGUAGCGAGGAGGCAUCCUGGACAUGGUGUGCUCAAAGUUGAUAUAUUUUCAAGAACUCGGUCCCGGGUCGGCUCCGGCCAUAAUUACAGGCCCCAGGUUGUGCGCCGCCAAAGGUGGGUGCGGGACGGCGAGAGCGAAAUGCACCGAACGGGCCCCCGUGCCGAGGCUGUGCGGACGUAGAAACGCGGCUGAUGGAAAUCCAGAGAUGACAUAUCUUCCUUCGCGAUGUCGGAAUUAUCGUCGUCGGCCGUGCCCUUUCACUCGCGAGCCGAUGACGCACAACAAGACGCAGCUACGGGGCUUCGGCUCGGUCGGCGCGCGUCGUACGAAACUUGCUUUUGUGCGUCUUCCGUGUUGCGUACCCCAGGAUUGCCAGGCUCGCGAACGCGAGUCGCUGUGGGCCGCCGCUGCACUGCGCUGCGAGCGCCGGUUUCCGCGCUCGCCAACGUGGCCCUCGCGACGCGCCGGGGUUUCCCCAUUCGCUCGGUCGCGCGAAUAACUGCCGCCAUUGAUACGAAGAGGAGAAAAAGAUUCGUAGAAUCGAUGAGAUCGAUGAUAAAAUAACGGUUUAGGUUGCUCCUUCUGCGACCGGAGCUUUGGGCGCGCGAGUUGGCUUACGCUGCGCUCCUUUAACCCGGCACUUUGUAAGCGAGGGUUGGUGGCUUGCACACAGACACACUCGCACACAGUCGUGAAACUCCCUAACCGUGGGCAUUGAGGUCGCCACCUUCCGGCUUGUAUGUACGUAUGUUGAACUUCUUUCGCACAGUACGUAGCCAACUGCGCUAAUCGGAGGUGCGGGGGGAAGAACAACAAACUAAAUGCAAAAUGAAGCGGUUCUAAAAAAAUUAGUUUUCAAUCUUGCUGUACUGCCAUCAUACCCUGGCUUUUGUAGCACUACAGCAAGUGGGUUGAUUUCCAUCUAUACGUGGAUUGAGUGUCACCACCCUCACACGCGCGGCUUUUUCGCCGCGUGUUCCGGUUUCCUCCCACGUGUAUGAACUCUCGUUGAUGCAGUUGGCCAAAACAUCCCGAUUUUAUGAGACCCCAGAGCUUGGGGAAAUUGUGGACGCCCGUUUUGGCUGCCUUCUGGAUCAUUCUUGACCAUUCCUGUCGUCUUUCUGAGAGCGAACUACGACUGAGCGCAUUACAAAUUAUAUUAUUGUCACCAGGCGCAGGCGAAUUAAAAAAAAUAACACGUUCUUGGAAAUAUUUGAACGGUUGUAAAGAAAGUGUUUUCCCGACGUUUGGAGUGAUGACGAUGAUGACGAUGUUGUUGUUCCACUGGCCUUCGAUAUUUCCUGAAGAAAGUCGAUUGGCUGACACAAGGGGAUAUUUAUUUCCGAAAAUUGACGGGAUGAAAACGAGGUACCCCGAGAAAUGUCAUGGUUUUUUUGAGGCUCUCCAAUAUCCAAAGCCCCGCCCCAAGGUAAAUAUCUGCAGAAAUUCGGCCACGAAAAAGUCAGAUUGAAAUUAAUCCCUGAUUUUAAAAACACAAAAAACGGGUGUUAUUUUCAGCUAACCACUUAAUAAUAAUAAUUGACAUGUAUUUGUAAGGCGCCUUCCACUAAUGUCUCAGGGCGCCUUUGUUCACGAGAUAAAAUAGACCACUUUUUCAAAAUGACCAGGAUAUAUAUAUGUAUUAUAUACACAUCUCUGCGUGCACGUGAUUUGUUUUCGGCAAAUUGUAUAAACUUACAAUGCAGGGAAUGAUUGGGAUAUGGGUGCCACGGUGGCUAGGAGAUGUUAACUAUUUCGCCUGGUAUACAGGAGGUCGUCGUGGGUUCAAUCCCGACCCUGACGCCUGCUGCUGUAUAUUUGGAGUUUGCGUGUCUCAUCAUCAUCAUCACUGUGGCUAGGAGUUGUUAACUACUUCGCCUGGUAUACAGGAGGUCGUCGUGGGUUCAAUCCCGACCCUGACGCCUGCUGCUGUAUAUUUGGAGUUUACGUGUCUCUCUCAUCAUCAUCACUGUGGCUAGCAGAUGUUAACUACUUCGCCUGGUAUACAGGAGGUCGUGGGUUCAAUCCCGACCCUGACGCCCGCUGCUGCUGUAUAUUUGGAGUUUCCGUAUUCCCCCUGUGGAUUUUUCUCCGGGCCCUCUGGGUUUUCCCUCCAUAUUUGGAGUCGACGUGCGUUUACAGAGAGUAUUUGGCUGCGAAAAAAGUCCACAUGAUAGGGCCACUCCGUUGAGCUAUAUCAUUUGUGAUUGCCAGGUCGCCUCUGAAAAAAUAGCUACAUAGCUAGGUGGGCUUUACCUGGUUAAAAAGAGAGAUAUAUAUAUAGUUGAAUAAUUUCUUUUAAUUUAGUUUAACUUUGUUUUCCGAAGAAUAAUUUCUCCUCCUUGGAAUUUAUCAUGGCCUAGAUCCCUCAGAUCCGAACCUCAGGGCCACCCUGAGGGUGUGGGGGGGUAAAUGGCCUUCGCACAAAAGACGGCCACACAAUAGACCUCCAGGAGCCUCUGGGUGGCCGUGCCUCGUUUUAAAUAUAAAUGGAAAAAAUAUAUAAAUGGAAAAAUAUAUACAUAAAUUACAAUUUCUAGCUGCUCCGAUGAGCUGAGAUGGGAGGUCGGGAGGGUGGACGCACUCGUCCUUUCUGGCAGAACUAAGCCACUGACGGACAUUCCACAUUGCUCUGGCAGCUGCCAGUCCAUCCACAGCAUGCCUCCCGUUGACUUGCCACAGAGCGACGGGGUCUGCUCAAAUGCAAAACCUCGUGGAUAGCUCUGCGUGAAGUCCGCGGUGGUGUUUUGUGUUCGAGUAAUCAUACUGGGCCUUGCCAUAGGUGUGUGGAAUGCAUACAUAACUCGAGCGAAUUGAUGUCUCGGGUCGGGAGGUGAGGUGAGGUACGGACGGUUUACUAAGUUUACAGGCACUUGCCCUUAACGUUGUGUUCUCUACAUAAACAGUAUAUAUACACGCCCUCAUCCCUGUAAAAAUAUCAACGUGUUAUGUUACAGCACUCCCGUAGCAAUUAUAAUUUGUUAAAAUCUGGCUUUAAGCUCCUACUUACAGUAUACUUUGUAAUUUUUGUAACCAUUAUAUUUCCUUUUAAUGUUCUGAUUUAAGUUCAAAUCCUGCUGCUAUUGGCAUCGUUUUCAGAUUGAGACUUUUUAGUUUUGUUAUUUGGAGUUCUAAGCAUGGCGGCAGGGCAUCGUCACCCUUGCGUCAAAGGAAGUUGAUGUACCAGAACUACUUCCAAGGCCCUGCACCAUGCCUCUUGUCCUUACGUUCCUCUCGAAAAUAGUGUUUGAUACAUGCCAAUCAAAUGUACAGUAUAUAUUUUUAAAUUCAGCCAAAGCUUAAUUAUAGUUUUUUCGUGUGUGUGUGUGGGGGGGGGGAGCGGUAGUGUAGCGGUAAGCGCGCUGCGCUACGAAUCUAACGACCCAAGUUCUAUUCCCGCUCACGGCCACCACCAGUGACGGGUGUCUGAACCGAUCCUGGGCCUCCCCUAGGUCGACUCAGCCUUAAAUGAGUACCUGGUGUGGUGUGUAAACAUCGCCAUUGUGGAGACAAAGGCCGGGCGUGGUGCUGGCCACCCACCCCCUCGUGCGCCGUGCCGGCCUUCAUAGGUGCUCGCGAACAGCACUUGCCCCUACAGUCUGUCACAGGAUACACGGGGGAAUCUCUGUCUUUCUCCCAGAAGGAUCUGUGACCGGCUCCAAUGGGUUGUGUACAGACAUUGCAUGAUGUGGAGGAGGAACACAUUGUGGGGGGGGGGGGGGAUAGGAGAUGGCGUAUUUUUGAAAGGAGGCGGCUGAAAAUGCUCUUACACUUGGUCUUUGUUUGUGUGCGGUCAUUGAUUUGGCUGAGAACAAUUCACUCAUUGCGCUUGAGAAACCCGGUAUGAUCACGGGCGGCUAAGUUUCAUGUUGAUUUUGUUGAACUGGGUGAGAGCGCUCGGUAGACCAGGAUAGUCUCAUCUACAACAUUUUGACCUGGGCCACCAAAAAUGGCAAAAACAAAUUAAACGAACUGUGGCAAUGAAAACGAAGGGGAAAAAAACUUACCUGCGUCUCCAUGAGGAAUCUAAAAUUAGCACGCAAAGUUAAAUCGGCUCCGGAGACGUUAUAACAGAUAUAGGGUGGCUUUUGUACUAAUGUGUAAACCGUCAAGGAUGGACGAUUCUAAAUGCAACUUAUACAGAAUGAGCAGUUUCGAUUCGAAUCCAGGAUCUCGGCAGCUCUGUGUCUCUUGACGGUGUUAUCCCUCUGACUAUGCCUGGUGUCUACCGUGGGGAUAUUUGUCGUUUUCUGUGAAUACGAUUUACUGCAGAGAGCAGCAGCCUGGACCUGCACCACCACGAUGCUUAUCAGACGUUGUUUUAGACCGAUGGAGGGUGAAGGUGCAGCCUUGAAAUUGCUUGCUCAAGCCACUCCUGGCCAAAGGGCCUCGACUUUAAGGUAUUUGUGGCGCCACGGUGGCUAGGAGAUGAUGACUCCCUCGCCUGGUAUGCAGGAGGUCGUGGGUUCGAUCCCGACCCUGACGUAUGUUGUAUAAUUGGAGUUUGCGUGUGUGUCUCUCCCUGCAGUUGCGGCUGCUAUAAAUUUCCACGUGAUAAGCCACUUCGUUGAGAUAUCAUUUGCGAUCGCGUCUGAAAAAGAGCUAUACAGCUCGGUGGGCUUUACCUGGUCAAAUAAAAUAAAAAAGUUUAGUGUUAAUAGUUUAUUUGGCCUACUCUCCAACACUGGCCGGUCAUCGUCAUACUUAACCCCACUGCACGUGACCGGCCUGCCGAUCGACCGACCGACUGUGAUUCCAGUUAUUGUUUUCAUUUCUUCUUGAGAAGUUGAAGCAACAACAAUAUUUUUUCGGGGGGGGGGGGGGGAUUUUUUUGUGGUUUUAUUUGUUGUCGUUGAUUAUUGUUGUUGUUGCACUUUUGCUUUGACUUUCUCCUUCUGAUGAGCAAGUAGAGUUUCUGGUCUCGGUUGGGUUGAAGGGGCAACGGGGGAGGCUCCCAGAAUGCGUUUUGCCCCAUUUUUUUUGGCACGAUUUAAAUGUUUCAAUUUAAGUACGAAAAUGGCAACGAUGCUCAUUUAUGUCAUGCGGCGGCUCGCGCGGAAAGGUCAGGGAAGCGCCGUGCGAUGCGUGUGAAAAUAUGAACACACGCACAACAGGGAUCAACCAAGGCAAACAAGAUACUACAAAAUAUAUAAACAAUUAUAGUAAAGAAAUACAAUUGUGGGAAACAAAUGAGGAUAAUGUUGAGCUGCGUACAGCUGAUGUGUACAAUAAUCAUAAUAAAACUCACGCCCCGUGAAAAAGCCUCAAAAACAAAUUGGCUAAACGACAGUUGUGAAGGGAAUGUUAUCUUCUAGUGAGAAUAUAGCCACAGUGCAAGCCUCGCCAACUCGGAUAUUGUAUUUGGGAACGGGCGGAGGGGGGGGAAACUGAGGUGAAAAUACAAAAUAAAGUAUCGCCGCUCGGUUUUCGAUGUCCGCGCGUGUCAAGACGGCGCGGGUCUCACCUCGCAAGCUCCGCGCAACUGCGGACAGCCACGCGUCAAAUUCCUAAAAUAAUAAUACCAUACUAUGAUAAACAGGUUUUUUGGGGUUUUUCAGAAGCGACCUGGUCACAAUUGAUAGCUCAAAUAAGUGGCUUACCGCGUGGAAAUUUACAGCAGCCAAAGACUCUAAACGCAGGUUUCUAAAAUGUGGAGAGAGAGAGACACGCACACUUCAAAUAUACAGCAGGCGUCGGGGUCGGAAUCGAACCCACGAUCUCUGGGUUGUAAACAAGAGAUGAGCACCACCUCCCAAUGCUCAUUUUGAGCAGGAAAUAAUUAAGAAGUGGAAUUUACACGGCCAAAGCCAUAGUUGGUCACCCUCCUGCGGAGAACACAACGACCACUGGGCUACAGUUAUAAAGUGAACAUUUCAGUGGAUUCUAAUAUUCCAUUAAUCUAUUAACCUUGCUGCCCAAUGAGCAGAUCACCCAGAGAGUGCAGCACCCUUUCUUGUUAGAGCUCAGAAGCUCAGCAGGUUUUGACCCUGGAUAUAGUUCAUGAGCCCAGACCAGAGAUAUUCACCUGUCGGAACUGCCUGAGGUGACGCCACUUUAGCGGUUUCAAUUUGCUUCACGUGGCCAAUAACAUUGAAUUGUGUGAUACCCAUUUGAUAUCAGACGGGUAAUCGAGUAACUCGCUGCAGUGGCGAGAUGUCAACUACCUCGCCUGGUACACAGGAGGUCGGGUUUCUAUCCUGACCCUGAUGUGGAUUUUUGUCGGGGGGCUUCCGGUUUUUUUUCCGCUCCACGUAGAAUCAACAUCAUUUGGCUACUGCUAUAACAUCUCCACGUGAUGAUGAUGAUGACGAUACGUCGCUUCGGUGGUCUAGCAUUUGUGAUAGCCAGGUCGCUUCUGAAAAAAAGCUGUAUAGCAGCUCGGUGAGCCUUACCUGGUAAAUUUUUGUUAUAUAGUUUAAAUAUUACAGGCAGUUCAACUGCACUGGGGCACACAGGCCAGAGGGGGUGGCAGGUGGGGGGGGGGGGCACUGGGUUAUGAUGAGGGGAGUCAUAAAUGAUGCAUUGCCUCGCACCAGGACCCACCAGCGCCACAAACCCUGUAGCCACGCAUAGAAAAAAAACGCGUGUUAAGAUUUAAAAAAGGGGUGAAAACACUUGUGGUUUAGAACAAACGUUUCCAGCUGGUUGCUGUUAUUCAAGAAACAAAACGUGAUUAUUACGGUAGUGCAAUGCCAAAUUGUUUAAGAGUAUAUUUUGAAAUGCAUAAUUUGCACACUGCUUGGCAUUAAUAAACAGAUUUACGACAAACGUCUUGUGUCGUUUCAUCGAUGACUUUUGAGGGAGCCGCCGUACGGCUGUCGGAACGAUAAAAAAUCUCUCGGUGUGUUUUGAAAACAUUUUUAGCGAGACCACACCGUGCAUUCUACACGGAUUUAAGAAUUAUUCGUUUUAAUUUCUCGGUGGGUCGACUGCAAACUUAAUUUAGUAUUCGUAAUUUACUUUUGGGUUAGACCGUGUAGGUACAAUACCAAUUUUCAACGACGCUACUAUAUACCCUCCACAACCCAAACCCAAUCAAAUCAAGUUGUCACCUGGACAAAUAUUCCUAUCGAUUUGGUUUUUCAUUUUAAUUACGGAUCCUCGUGAUCUCCGAUUAUCACGGUUGGCUACGUACGGUGGGAAAGACGUUCAACCGACUUGCGUACAGAUGUAGGGGUUGUUACGGGGAGAAAGGCGGACAGAAACACAAGGGUGUCUGCACCCACACACGGGUGUCUACAUCCACGUCCGCAUCGGUUAACCCUGGGGGGCCAUGGGUGGUGCUGUGAUCCCCCACAGCCCCACCCCUCGGAGAGGAUUCCUAUAAAAGGCGGGGAGCCAGAGGGCUCGAGGCCAGUGCUUGAAGCUUUACCAGUGAAGAUGGAAGACCGGCAGGAUAGGCCCUGGGACUCCCCUGGCUCGCUGUCCUUGUCAGGGCCGAGCAGGGCAAGCCAGUGGCGCGGCCCCAAGAGCUCCAGGACCGCUGCUCUUGUAAGAGCACGGCCUGGUUAGCUGGGUGCUGGGAUCCGUGCUUGACCAGGGGCGGAUCAGAUAGCCUCCCAUAGC